AUGGAAAUAAAUCGUACUUACCCUCUGUACAGUGAGCGGAGUCCCGGUGCCGAGUCCGCCCUGAAGUCGGAAUCCCCAGGGUUGUUCGUACCCGUAUCGCAUCAAUUUUACGUCUGCCUCCAUCACCCCACCUUUGCUCAUGCCGUCCUGGUAGCGAAUUCCGUGGAAUUCACCCAUUGGGCACAAAUGAAGACAAUACUCCCGAGAAGAGAUGAACUGAACUGGGCACUGCUGAGGCAAUGCGGAUGGGCCGAAGAGGCACGGACGAAACGGUCAAGAAGCGGCUGGGAGCAGAGUCGACUGACUCAGAUCGCUCCUGCCUCGAGGGGACUCAUGCGAAUCUGGACCGGACAGAAGAUGGCAAAUCCUGCGAACUCGACGGGUCCAAGAAGCACGGCGCACAACUGGCCGACUUCAAGCAGGAUCAACGAAGCAAACGGGCCGUCGGAGCGAUGGGAAUACUGGCGUGUAUUGUGUGCUAGAAAGCCUUUGAGAUGA